GAAGACAAGGUAGCGUGGAGGUCAUUGACCUUGAUGUCAAGGACAGGUCCUGAAUAUGGUUAAGUUAACUGUGCAGUAGUGGUAUCGUCACAAACCGCGGGUACCUGUAUAACUGAUACUGAUGUAUACAUGUAGUAGCUUAACACGAACGGUGGAGUGGUGAAGUGAAGACGAAGAAGAAGACUUGGUUGGGCCGCAACGGUAAAUUAAGUGAUUUAUUCUAUCGCGUAUGAAUGAAUCAAAAGUCUUCGGGUGAUUGUUCGUAGUUGCGAUGCACUAGGUUUGGUGUUUACGAUCUCAGUGUGCCCGAUUUGUGUCUAACAAACCGCUAAUAUGUGCAGGACCAGGAGUUCAGCUCUCGUGGUAUUAUUGUGCAGUGUGCUAUUAAGGGUUCAGGCCCAAGACGAUUCUUUAGCCGGCAGUUUUCUGUCAGGACUUUUGGACACAAUAACAAGCACUGCCGACUCCAAAGACUGUCCUGGAGUGUGCGUGCAUGCUUUAGCCACGAUUAUUUGCUAUGACGUGUUAGAAGACAUAACAUGCCCGAACCCUUCUAUGAAGUGUUGCGUGGAACCACCAGCCCCAAACACAACGGAUAUAAUUCAACCGACGAACGCAACAACGACAAUAUCGACGAGGCCUUCAACCACAACGACGCAAUCGACGACCACAACGGCAGCAACGACAACGAUAACGACAACUUCAGCGACUGUCGUUACGACAACAACGCCCAUAACGACUACCUCAAAUCAGGUUGGACCUGAAAAAAACGCCCAAAACACAACCAACGACGUUAAAAAUAACACUUCUGAAAAAGCCUGUCCAGGUGUAUGCGUGGCCGAGCGAAUAGCCGACUAUUGCGAGGCGAUUUUGCCGACUGAAAACUUGUGCAAACCCGGCCUGAGAUGUUGCGUAUCCAGCGACGCGUUUGGCGAUAAACCUCCACCAAAUUUAAUAAUCCCCACGAAAACCAAAGGCAACUAUUCGACUUAUUCGAAGCCGGAAGUGAGAACGACUCCUAAGCCGACAACUCCUUUAACAACGGUCGCUUCAAAGCAACCGACAACUCCGGCGAAAUAUACACCUUCAGUUUUGAAGCCGUGCAAAGGAGAGUGUGUCAGUGGGUUGUUCGCUUUGUUUUGCGAUGAUAUUGACUCUGAUGCUGACUGCCCGAAUGAGGGAAGUUGCUGCAUAACUGUUCCAUUAAAUGAAGAAUCUCCGGAACCGCCCGCAAGGGUUACCACCACAACUUACCGGCCUACGACGAGAGACCCGGGGCCUCGAUGCCCAGGUUUUUGUUUGUUAAACAUAAUGGCGGCUUUCUGCGAAAGGCCUUCGGUUCUCAUACCGCACACUUCAAACUGCCAGAGGGGCUCGAUUUGCUGCGAUAACACUAGAGGGGCCACCACACAACCCAGACCUAGACCUAGACCUGUACAACCUUCAACCACGACGACUACCACCACGGUAGAUCCCAGACCGGAAUGUCCUGGAUCGUGUAUUGUUUCAUAUCUAAGCUUUACUUGCUUCAGAAAUGCUGAAAUGACUGAGGUUUUUAAAUGUAGAAAAUCGGGAACUAAAUGCUGCGCACCAAAAACCUUGAUUAAAGAAGCCAGCAAUAAAGAAGAUACAGGGAUGAAAGAUAGUACUAUAGAAAACUCUAUACCGCAUACUACUACGUCACCGCUAACAGUCACCACAACAACUGAAAUCAGCAAAUCCAUCUCAACUACGACGAGAUCUCCGAUUUAUAGUAAAUACGUGUGUGGUGUGAAGGGUACAUCAAGAACGGGAAGAGUCGUUGGUGGUGAGGAUGGUGACCAAGCUGAAUGGUGCUGGCAAGUUGCACUCAUCAAUUCUUUGAAUCAGUAUCUUUGUGGCGCUGCCCUUAUAGGAACGCAAUGGGUUUUGACUGCAGCACAUUGUGUGACAAAUAUUGUUCGUUCUGGAGAUGCGAUAUACGUGAGAGUUGGAGAUCACGAUCUGACCAGGAAAUACGGAAGUCCCGGGGCUCAGACUUUAAGAGUGGCGACCACGUACAUUCACCAUAACCACAACAGUCAGACUUUGGAUAACGAUAUAGCUUUAUUGAAGCUGCACGGGCAAGCCGAGUUGAAGGAAGGAGUUUGCUUGGUGUGCCUACCGGCUCGCGGUGUUAACCACGCUGCCGGGAAAAGAUGCACUGUCACGGGUUAUGGGUACAUGGGUGAAGCUGGACCUAUACCGUUGAGAGUAAGGGAAGCUGAGAUACCCAUAGUAAGUGAUGCCGAGUGCAUCAGGAAGGUGAAUGCGGUAACUGAAAAAAUAUUUAUUCUUCCCGCCAGCAGUUUUUGUGCUGGUGGUGAAGAAGGAAAUGACGCUUGUCAGGGCGAUGGUGGAGGGCCAUUGGUUUGCCAAGACGAUGGUUUUUAUGAAUUGGCAGGACUGGUUUCAUGGGGUUUUGGUUGUGGUAGAAUAGAUGUACCAGGUGUUUAUGUAAAAGUGUCAUCGUUCAUCGGUUGGAUUAAUCAAAUUAUCAGCGUAAAUAAUUUGUAAAUUUUUGACGAAAAAAAAAUAAGAAAACCAAAAAAUCAAUUUUAAAUUAUUUAUUUUUAUGAAAUGAUUUUUAUUUAAGUGUACAUAUUUAAAUUUUCUACAAAAAUUUUAAAACUAAAAAAUUGUUACCAAAUAAGAUUUACCCUAUUUUCAUAUUAUGAUGAUGUAGUAUCCGACAAAUACAA